UGAUGACGAGCACUUUUCCAAUGCACCUUUAGCGGCUGACGUCAUCUGCUGCUAGCUUCAGCUAUUUAUCCGCUGCCAACAACUCGAUCCUUUUCGACACCGUUUGCAAAGCGCGAAGCUUACCGCCCACCACGGCUUAAUAAAUAUCUAGCACAGAUAUACCGGAGUGGGAAGAAAUGCCAUCAUCAUCGAAAGCGAGGAAAAUCAAGCCUGCCGAGGAGCGGCAAGGGGAACUCGCUAGACCAUCGACGUCAGGCACUCGAAAGCGACGAUCCACUGCUCGAAUAUCAGUAGCAUGUGAAGCGUGCAAAAAGCGCAAGACAAAAUGCACCGGGGGACCGCCUCCUUGCCAACUCUGUGAAUUAUUAGGGACAGACUGUAUGAUAGAUCUGGCCCUGGACCUGCGGCGGCGCGCCGCUUUUCAACGGUCGGAGGCCAGAUCAAAGUCAUAUCAAAAUACUCUGAACAGAUUGAUCGAAUGCAUACGUGAUGGGUCUUCCCCACAAUUUCAGAGCCUACUUGGACAAAUUCGAUGCGGCGCAUCCAACCAGGAUGUGAUCGAUGCUGUGCAAACGUUACCCACAGCUUUAGACGACGACAGAGAGAACACCUCGCCCCUGCAAAGCCAUAGCAAGGAAUCUCCACCUUCACCUGAUGUACCAAUCGACCAGGAACCUCUACUACAAACCGAACAUAGUGCGUAUCUUAACAGUGGCGAAAGUUCCUUACCGUCCAGUCUCCGGAAAGAGAAGCAACCUGCGCGAGAUAUUGCAUCUCUCCUUUCAAAAUUGAAGUUAUUGCCUACGGCCGACGGGGAGCGGCUACUUGGACAAAUAUUGGCAGACUAUUCAAGAGGAAAACAAUACGAGGUUAGAUAUUCUGCAGCACAACAUUCACAUGACGGUUUCGGCCGAAAUGCCGCCGUUGCCUUGAAUGUGGAGCGCUCGAAGUGGCAUCCUGCCUUGCGUCUGCGCUUGCAGCCCACUGAAUCUGAAGAGGAGCGGCAGCGAGCAGAAAGUGAUCCCUUGCGGCGGCGGAUAUCAAUCACUUCAGCAUCAUCGGCCUCAAGCGAUCCUUCGAUCACUAGCCUAUCACCGUCCUUUCCUACUUCUAGCUCUGCGAUCAUGACCGACGCACAGUCCUGGGCGACAUCCUUACGAUCUGCAGUCUCCUUCUAUGUCGAGUCCUAUGGGUUGUCGCCAUCUAAGCACCAGGCCGGAAAUGCUUGGGACCUAAGCAUCGCCCAGGAGGACCUCAUGACUCCGCUCAGGAUUCCUGUUCAUCUCGUUUAUCCACUGAUAAUUCCAGACGAUUCCUAUCUAAGUAAUAUGUACACAGACUAUGUGAAAGGGGCGAGACAAAUGCUCAUGUCAGGGGCAUCAUUCAAGGAUGUCCUCGGCCACAGCGACGAAGUGUCUAUUGAAUUAUUCUUUCGCUCUCGUAUCGAGACUGACACCUUCGAAUGCGCCUCUUGGGCAUGUGAAGUUUGUCGUGCUCUCCCAAUACUGGAUGAUUAUGUUCGCAUGGCCAGUGCUUAUAUGCUGACAUUCAUGAUGCGGUGGCUACUAGCACCAACGCAGGAAAACUAUGCCAAAAUUCCCGAUAUGAUGAAGCCAACACCAUCUCAGCGCAUGAUCCCCCAUAUCGGUGCAAUCGAGAUCCUGCCCAUAGGUCCAUUACGCGAUGCCCUGAUACACCAGAUGCGAGAUUGGCUCUCAAUACUGAAGAACCCGAAUUGGUCGCUUAAUUGGCCACAUGAUCUCAACACAGCCGUUAUGCAUGACCCGAUGACUAACAUGAGAAAGCUCACACCCAAAUUUAUCGAGCAUCUUCUCGAAUACGAUAACUGGAGCAUCAGUCGUGAGGCUCUGAAUGUCUUCCCUGAAUUGACUGGGAGAAUGCGCCAGCACGAAUGAUGUUGUCAAUCCGUAAGCAAACUAUACAUAAAACAAGCCCGCAAUAAGACGGACUGUGAUACUCUGCUCGGAAAUGUUCUCUUUCGAAGAAUAUGUCUAAUGAAAGCGCCACAAGCCGCCGCUAUUCGCUGCAAAGCCCACUGGAUCACAGUCCAGAGGGUGCCAGACAUAUCUAAUCUCCAUAUGCCUAGAAUAUCACUGUAUACAGCUGUGCGAAACGGGUAUCCUGUCAAACGAAACUGUAUCGUACAGUACGAAUGAGCCACGAGUUGUAAUGAUAAAGCUGUGUCAGAACAAUCGUGGGGUGCCCUCUCCCCCUCUGUCAAGGUCCUGAUCCCGAGGGGUCACUUUCUAUCAGUGUUAACUGACAAGUGGCGCAGAGCGGAUGUGUAAGUAAAACGAGUCUGAUGAUCAAUAGGAAUACAACCGGUAUCUCAAUAUCCAAGGAGAUUCCUGAGAUCCACGAGAUCCACA